CCUUGUAUGCAACGUUUGGAGAAAAUGCAGAGGACUUUGGGGACUCGGCAAGCGAGGCCUUGCAUCGGCGCACGCGGGCCUGCUAGGUCUUUGCGAUAUGUCCAGCCAAGGCUUACAACGCCAUCGGCGCGAAUCAUCGCACGGGCUGCUGCAGCUGCGACAAAGGAUGCGGGUCUGUCGAUGGCUCAGGCGCUCGCGCUCGCGGACCGCUUUAAAGGCCUGAAGGAGCUGCCAGGGCUCAAGGCCGAUGCCUGCGGUGUGCAGCGCAUGACGGGCGACGUCGGAGAGCGGGUAGCAAUUGUCGCUGCGCGCGACGUGCGCGACAAGGAGACGGUGAUGGUCAUCCCUGAGAAUCUGGCCGUGACACGUGUGGACGCCGAGUCGCACCCGGUGGUGGGCCCACUGGCGGCGGAGGCGUCCGAGCUGACGGCGCUGACGCUGUGGCUGCUGGCGGAGCGGGCCGCCGGCGCCGGAUCAAACUACGCCGGGCUACUGGCGACACUGCCGGAGAGCACCUUGAGCCCGCUGCUGUGGUCGGACGCGGAGCUGGAGGAGCUCAUGGCGGGCAGCCCGGUGCUGCCGGAGGCGCGCAGCCGCAAGAAGGCGCUGGCAGACACGUGGGCGGCGCUGGCGCCCAAGCUGGCCGCAGACCCCGCGCGCUUCCCCGCGGCUGUGUACAACGAGGCGGCGUUCUGCUCCGCCUUCAGUGUGAUCGUGGCCACCGCCGCCUUCCUGCCCGCCGCCAACUGCUUCGCGCUGCUGCCGCUGGUGUCUGGCGCCAUGGCGCGCACCGGCAACGGCAACGGCUGCGACCUGGACUUUGACCCCGAGCUCAACGCAGUGGUCGUCACUGCGGUACGGCCCUACAGGGCCGGCUCGGAGAUGCUCCUAAACGACGGCCGCCCCAACGGCGAGCUGCUUCUGGCCACCGGCACGCUGCAGGACAACAACAGCUCGGACUUCCUGAGCUGGCCCGCGGGUCUGGUGCCGGCAGACCGCUACUACAUGAUGAAGAGCCAGGUGCUGGAGUCCAUGGGCUACAGCGCCGCGGAGGAGUUCCCGGUGUACGCCGACCGCAUGCCCAUCCAGCUGCUGGCCUACCUGCGCCUGUCGCGCGUGGCUGACCCCGCGCUGCUGGCCAAGUGCACUUUUGAGGCCGACGUGGAGCUGAGCCAGAUGAACGAGUACGAGAUCCUGCAGAUUCUCAUGGGCGACUGCCGCGAGCGCCUGGCCUCGUACACCAAGUCGUAUGAGGAGGACGUCAAGAUCGCGCAGCAGUCAGACCUGUCGCCCAAGGAGCGGCUGGCCGUGAAGCUGCGUCUGGGCGAGAAGCGCAUCAUCAACGCCACUAUGGAGGCGGUGCGGCGGCGGCUGGCGCCCAUCCGCGGCAUCCCCACGAAGUCCGGGCAGCUGGCAGACCCCAACUCCGACCUCAAGGAGAUUUUCGACACCAUCGAGAGCAUCCCCACCGCGCCGCUGCGGCUGAUGCAGGGCCUAGUGAGCUGGGCGCGCGGCGACGAUGACCCGGAGUGGUACGGCAAGAAGAAGCCGGGGCAAGGGCGGAAGUGAGGGUGGAAGGCGUGGGAGAGGAGGUGGUGGUGGCGGUGUGAACGAGGUGGCUGAUGAGAAGGUUGCAGGCGAGGACGAGGUGGGCUGAGACAGUGGGGCAGGGAAAGGGUCAAGGUGGCGAAGGUGGACUGGGGCAGUAGAGUGAUGAUCAGGGAUGCAGACAUGCAGUAGGCAGGAGUAGGCGGGCUGGUGUGAUGUCUGCACUUAAGCCGUCGUCGUUCCUAUGUGCAACAGUUGCAAGCAGUGUUGGCAUCAUCAUCCGGCGGCCGUAAACCAGCGGGGGAUGGUACCGCUGCACCUGCAGACGGCAUGGCAAGGUAGAGCAUUGUAAGGCAGGGCACGGCCUGACUGCAGCCUUAAUGUUCCUGUUACCCUAGGAGUAUGUGCGGCUACUGAUACGCCGGUAGACUUCCAUGUAAGUGUACAAGGUG